AUGUUUCAGGACCGCAGUCUGCUGAGCGGUCUGACCCGGAGCUCUGCAGGUCCCGUGUUCGGUAAACUUCAGGUGUUGGACUGGUGUCCGCCUCAGCCGCAGUACCUGAAUUUGACCAGCAGGGGGCAGAGCAACUCGUCACACACUCAGACUGCUGCUGCUUCCUCCGUCCAUCCACUCGUUCCUCUCCUCCUCUACAGCGACAGACACUUCCCUCCCUCCUCUCCGUACAGCCGGCCAAUCAGCACACCUGCUGCCCUGCAGGCCGACGCCCACUCCGGGAUGCACCACUGUUACAACGGCAACCACGUCAACAGCACACAGCAGGUGAAGAAGCCUCUGAACGCCUUCAUGCUCUACAUGAAGGAGAUGAGACACAAAGUCCUGCAGGAGGGACGCGAGAGGGAGAGCGCCGCCAUCAACCGCAUCCUGGGGCGCAGGUGGCACGCUCUGUCCCGCUCUGAACAGUCCAAAUACUAUGACCUGGCCCACAAGGAGAGACUCCUUCACAUGCAGCUCUACCCGGGAUGGUCUGCCAGGGAUAACUACGGGAAGAGGAAGAGGAAACAGAACAGAGAGCCAACAGGAAGCUGCUCCAGCUGGACGUUAAGUGCUGGAUGAAGAAACAGACGCUCCACGCUCACACUCCUGAUGUCUCUGUCACGUGACAAGUCGGGAAGUUUAAAGGUGACAUAUCAUGCAGAAUGGACUUUUUAAUGGUUCUCUCCCUGAAAUCUGUGUC